AUUUAGUUAUCAUUUAUUUGGAAUAAUUAAAAGCAAUACUACUCUUAUAUAUAUUCCGAAGUGGUAAAGCAAGCGGAGGCACGGGCACCGCCUGAUCAAUAAUAUGGACGGCAGAAGCUUGGUUGUAAUUCUUCUCUCGGCGAUACUUCUUCUCGUUAUGGUAUUUGUUACACGACUCCCGUCGACGCUGCGAAACACCACCGGCCUACUGGACUGCUCCCCAUGGUGCACUUCAUCCGACUUAAAGGACUCCACGCGCCUCCUCCACGUUCCCGGCGACGACGCCCCGCGCCACCCGCUCGACCCGCUGACGGUCCGGGAGCUGAACAGAGUUCGCGAGGUUGUGAAAUCGUACGGCCCCUUCAAGAACAGCCCCUACGCUCUCCACUAUGUUACUCUGGGAGAGCCCGAGAAGCAGGUCGUCCUGGGCUGGAAAACAGGCCACCCUCUGCCGCCUCGGCAGGCGUCGGUGCUCGCCCGUGCCGCUGGGAAGUCCUACGACCUCACCGUCGAUCUCGUCACCGGCGAUGUGACCACUCGCGAAACGGGACGUCAUUUCGGGUCCCCCAUGUUGACCAUGGAGGAUAUGACGGCUGCUGCCGUGGCACCGUUGGGCAGCGCCGAGUUUAAUCGUACGAUCACGCAACGUGGCGUCGAUCUGGCCGAUCUUGCGUGUUUGCCUCUCUCUUCAGGGUGGUUCGAACGCAAAAUUGAAGAGAAGAGGAGAGUGAUGAAGAUACAGUGCUACAGCAAGAAGGGAACUGCGAAUUUCUACAUGAGACCCAUCGAGGGAUUGACGGUGGUGAUCGAUUUAGACACGAAAGAGGUGAUUGAUAUAUCAGAUGAAGGGAAGAGCAUCCCGAUUCCCAAGGCCGCCAGCACAGAGUAUCGCUACUCGGCACUACCGAGGAGCAGCAGCUGGUCUCCCAACCCGAUUUCCACGGAGCAACCGACGGGUCCGAGUUUCACCGUGGACGGGCAUUUGGUGAGGUGGGCGAAUUGGGAGUUUCACCUGAAACCCGAUUCCCGAGCGGGUGUGAUCAUAUCCCGGGCCAUGGUCCGUGACUCGGAGACCGGGGAAAUGAGGAGCGUCUUGUACAAAGGAUUCGCUUCCGAGUUGUUCGUUCCCUAUAUGGAUCCAACUGACGCCUGGUACUUCAAGACAUACAUGGAUGCUGGGGAAUACGGGUUCGGCCUCCAGGCCAUGCCACUUGACCCGUUGAAUGAUUGCCCCAGGAAUGCCCAUUACAUGGAUGCCGUCUUUAACGCCGCCGACGGAACGCCCUACGUCAGAUCCAAUAUGAUAUGUGUCUUCGAAAGCUACGCCGGCGAUAUUGCGUGGCGACACUCCGAGUGCCCCAUCACUGGCAUGGACAUUAGAGAGGUACGGCCGAAGGUGACGUUAGUGGUGCGGAUGGUUGCAUCCGUGGCCAAUUAUGAUUACAUAGUGGACUGGGUGUUCCAAAGUGACGGGCUAAUCAGAGUUAAGGUUGGGCUGAGUGGCAUAGUGAUGGUUAAAGGCACACCAUAUGUGAACAUGAACCAAGUGAAGCAGGAAGAGUACCUCUAUGGCACCCUGUUGUCAGAGAACGUAAUCGGAGUCAUCCACGAUCACUAUGUAACAUUCUACUUAGAUAUGGACAUCAUGGAUGGGUCGAACAACUCAUUCGUAAAAGUAAACCUAAAAAAAGAACGCACGUCCCCGGGUGAUUCACCACGCAGAAGCUAUAUAAAAGCAGUGCGGAACGUAGCGAAGACAGAAAAAGAUGCACAGAUCAAGUUGAACCUGCAUGCGCCAUCAGAGUUCCAUGUGAUUAACCCGAACAACAGGACCCGCGUCGGGAACCCCGUCGGGUACAAGAUUGUCCCUGCAGGGACUGCCGCUAGUCUUCUUGAUCACGAUGAUCCGCCGCAGAUGAGAGGCGCGUUCACGAAUAACCAAAUAUGGGUCACUCCUUAUAACCAGAGUGAGCAGUUUGCGGGUGGGGUGUAUGUUUACCAGAGCCACGGUGAUGAUACCCUUGCAGUAUGGUCUGAAAGGUAAGAAGCUAGCAUGCACUUUUUAUGAGUAUGUAACUUUUAUUAAUUAAUUUGCUGCAGAAUGUAAUAUAUACACAUACAUACAUAGUGGUGUGGUAUACAUUAGUGGUGUGGUAUACAUUAGGAUUCCAUCAUGUCCCAUGCCAGGAGGACUUCCCAAUCAUGCCGACCGUAACAUCAAGCUUUGAUCUAAAACCAGUGAAUUUCUUCGAGAGCAAUCCAAUCCUGGGCUUCCCGCCAAAUCAGGAGAAGGACUUGCCGGUAUGCAAGGCUGCUGCUUGAUGAAGCUCUCUUGGUACGUACGUAGUGCAUGUAAAUGGCUCCAAGUUCAUCUAUCUAUCAUUUGCGCUCUAGGUUCUUUUCAUUAUUGUUAAAUAAAGCUUCAGAAUAUAUUGAAAUCCCUGUAACUCAUCAAGUGAAUUGUUUAUGUCAAACAUAUCCAUCAAGUAGCUUAAUUGUCAUAUAUACUCCGAUCCGCUUGUCACAAGAUAAACUUCUCCAUACAAAAACUGAGGGGUGUUCAUAUACAUUUCAAAAUUCAAU